AUGGAGCUCGACGGGUACCUUGGUCAGCAUCUGGUUAGCAAGUUGGGAGCACCCGAUGAGAAUUCAGGCGAGUCACAGCGUGCAUAUGUUGAAGAAGUCCCUGAUGGCGACGAUGAACCGACCCCUGUCAUCUCGGAGAUGCGAUGGUGUCAGGACUAUAACCAAGUGAAUACCGAUGCCGAUGCCGGAUACGCGUACAAGCAAGUACCCACUUUAUUCGAGCAGAUUCGUGAUGUCCAGGACGCGAAGAAGAUGAGCGUGUAUGGCCCGUUUGCGGAUGAGGAUGACUGGGAGCUUGCUAGAUGGCUGUGGGAUAACUGCACGCAAAGCGGAGCAGAUAAGCUGUUGAAGAUGAAGAUAACGCAACAACGCACGCGCCCGAGCUUUGGCAGCACAUAUACCUGGCUCAAAAAGAUUGAUCAGCUACCUACUGGUCCAGAUUGGACGUGCAAACACAUGCUCGUCAACGGCGAUGGUGACGUUUCUGAAGACCUCAACAGUAGCAAUGAACAAGUGGGGGAUGGUGGUGACGAGACAGAGCGCUUGGAGUUGUGGAUGAGAGAUCCAGUUCAAGCAGUACGCAAGCUCAUUGGCAACCCGCAUUUCCGAGAGUCUAUGGCAUAUGCACCGGAGCACGUGUACACGGACAUGGACAUGACGAAUCGACGUAUCGAUGAAAUGUGGACCGCGGACUGGUGGUGGGAGACACAGAGCAAAAUUGAGCGAAAGGGCACUGUUGGCGCCAUCAUCCUGUCAACAGACAAGACACAGCUCUCACUCUUCAGAGGCGAUAAACAGGCGUACCCCGUCUACAUAACCUUGGGAAACAUUGCGAAAGGAGUACGACGUCAGCCGUCAAAGCAUGCAAGUGUGGUUAUUGGCUACUUACCGGUUUCGAAGCUGAAAAGCUUCGAGAACAGCGCGGUGGCUUCAUACCGGCUGUUUCACUUCUGUAUGGGCGAGAUCUUGCGCCCCCUGGUGGAAGCCGGACGAGGAGGCAUCUUCAUGUUGUGUGCUGAUGGCUUUCUUCGACGUGUCUUCCCCAUCCUCGCCGCGUACAUCGCAGAUCAUCCCGAGCAGUGCCUGGUCGCAUGCUGUGCCCAGAAUUGCUGCCCGCGGUGUCUGGUGGAUGUGGACCGACGUGGAGAAGAAGCACGAUCUGCAAACCGGAGUCACAACAAGGCCAAUACCCCCCCCACAUUCAUCGCCGAUGGUCUCCACCCCAUCUUCUCGCCAUUCUGGGCAUCCCUUCCCUAUACCAAUAUCUUCCGCUGCAUCUCGUCGGACGUCCUGCAUCAGCUGCACCAGGGAGUCUUCAAGGAUCACCUACUCAAGUGGUGCUCUGCUGCUGUUGACGAAGAUACAGAUCUUGAUGAGCAUUUCCAAGUCAUGCCGCCUUAUGCAGGUCUACGCCAAUUCAAGGACGGUAUUUCGCGAAUCCGGCAGUGGACCGGAGGAGAGCACAAGCAAGUGCAGCGUGUAUUUGUCGCAGCAGUUGCAGGCUCUGUUGAUCGUCACGUGCUAAUUCCUACGCGCGCACUGCUAGACUUCAUCACGCUUGCACAGUACUACUCACACACCACCAACACACUCUCGCGGAUGGAGGAGGCUUUACGGACCUUUCAUAAAUACAAGGAUGAGUUUCUCAAGCACUAUGAUCACGAUCACUUCAACAUCCCGAAGCUGCACUCACUGCUUCAUUACUUAGAGAUGAUUUUGGCGCUCGGUUCACUUGACGGCCUCAACUCUGAAAAUACCGAGCGGUUACACAUCGACUACGCAAAACGGGCAUACCGAGCGACCAACAAGAAAGAUUAUAUAGUCCAGAUGGCCCGCUGGCUUCAGCGCUCUGAGGCUCUAGCCUGGUGGCCACAGUAUCUCGAAUGGCGCCUACCUCCAUCUGGGACUGAUGCCAGCGAGGAUGAAGACGUUGAUCCAGCGGACGUCAAGUCUGAUCCCUCGUCUGCUCUGAUGUUGCCCUCCAUUCAUACUCGCCCAAACCCUUCUCCCUCGCCUCUCCCUCGCCCCUCCCGCAAUUCCGACGAUUUGCUUCAAGAGGCAACUAGUGCAAAUCUAGAUGCGAGCGCGGCAGCCGGUUUUGUCGUGCGAUCGCCCACCGUUGCAAUACGAGUGCCCCAUAGGAACAUACCAGUCUCGAUGAUCAUCAAGGAUCACGGCGCUGUUGGCUUCACAGAAGCGCUGAUCGCGUUCUUAGAGAACAACAAUGCACUUCGCCCCAGCUUCCAUCCAAACCAAUACGAUGUAUAUGAUCUCUUCAACGGAGCCGUUGUGCACCUCCCCCCUGAGCCAUAUCUCAACGUCAGCAAGCUCGAUGUUUGUAUUCGAGCAACACCAGCCAAGUGGAACGGAUCACGCAAGCGUGAAGCACCAGCCCGGUGGGAUACAGUAUUGGUGGAGGUGGAUCACGCUCAGCACGCCAAGCAUGGAGGACUGCACGGUCUUCGCGUUGCUGAGGUACAGGUUAUAUUCUCAUUGCCAGAACACCUCGGCCACGUCAAAGAGCCACUCGCGUACGUGCAGUGGUUCCGUGAGGUCAGACUCAGCAACCUCGACCGCGACUCCGGCAUGUUCAAGCUCUCCCGAGCAUCCCGUCGCGGUUCUCCUCACACCGAGUGCGUCCCUCUGUCCCGUAUCAUUCAUCCAUGUCAUCUUGUGCCAUGUUUUGGCCGUACUGCUGUCCCUUCAGCUUGGCUUUGCGGCAGGGUACUGGAGCUUGCCCCGCAUUUCUUACUCAAUAGAUACAUUGAUACUGCUAUGUAUGAAGAUUAUGUACAAUUCUAA